AUGGCCACCAUAUCUGCAACAUUAUGCUACCUCUUAGUUCCAAUAAUUUUAUCUUCAUGCCACACAACAUUAUGUGCAACAGUGGUGGAAGAUCUCAAAAACUUGCACCACCCCCCAGAUUUCAACACUACAAUCAUGAGCAACUGUCUCAAGAACCCAUCUCUUAGAUACUGCAGUUCCAACCCCAUGGACCUUGAUGAAAUAUUCAAAUACACUAUUGUUGCUAGCCAUUUAUGCAAUGAGUCAAAGAACCCCAAUUGUGUUGAAACAUUCCCCAAAGUUGAUCUCAGAAACCGCCCGAAUAUCGCGCCUCUUUACUUGUCAUUCAGUUUCUUUUGGAAGUACUGUCCCUUGACCAUUCUCUCCAUUGAUUUGUCCAACAACUCCAUGAAGGGUGGUUUUCCAAUUGAUGUUCUCAACUGCACUCAAAUCCAUUCUCUUGACUUAAGUUUCAAUCAACUUUCUGGUGACAUUCCAAUUGAAAGUUUCUCUCCCCUUACCAACCUCACCUUUCUGAACCUCUCCUAUAAUUGCUUUUCAGAGAGUGAAUUAUCAAAUUCCCAAUUCUUCAAAAGGUUUAAUGCUUCUAGUUUUCUUCAUUCUGGUGCUGUCCCAGAUCACAAAAGGUUCACAGUGAAAAUAAUCAUUCUACUAGUUGGUUUUCCCAUCUUUGUUGUUUUGAUGGUGAUUUUCUUUGGAUGGCUUUGUUUCCAAAGGCCUGAUUUUCUACCAAGAGCAUUUAAAAGAAGUAGGAGGUUUACACCAGCAAUUCUGAAAGCAAUUACUUCUGGUUUUUCGAAUCAAAAUUUGGUGGGGAAGAGUGAUGUUGUUCACAUAUACAAAGGGAUCUUGAGAGAUGGUACUGAAGUGAAGAUUGAGAUGUACUUUGAUGACAUGUCAAGGGAAAGAUAUAAAGAAUUUGUUGAAGAGUGUAAGGUUCUGUGUGAGCUGGACCACAAGAACAUUGUUAGAGUUAUAGGAUGGUGCAGAAGCAGGAAAUUCAGGGCUAUUGUUACAGAUUGGACAGAAGAAGAAAAUAUUGAAAUGUGGUUAUCAGGGUCUGCUCCACCAUGGAAUCAUAGGCUGAAAGUGUUGAUGGGAGUUGUGGAAUGCAUGCUCUAUCUGCAGGAGGAAUGGCCUGAAGUUGACUAUGAACUCAAGACAAGUAGUGUUUUAGUAUCGGAGUAUUUGGAACCAUUAAUUUCAAGGUUCAAAGUUGAAGAGCAAAACAGCAGUAGAAGGAAGAUAUGCAAGUUUGGGGUGUUUCUUCUAGAGAUGAUGAUAAUCAGGAGGGAUCAAGAGGAGUUUGAUGGUGGUGAUGCUGGAUUCAUUAGGUUCAUAAGAACCCUUCAUCCUGAAGACUUGUAUGAGAUGAUUGAUGAGAGAAUGGAAGUUACUGAAACAACUUUAAAUCAAGUUAAACAGGUGCUAUCCCUUGGACUAAUGUGCAUAGCCAUAGACCAAUCAAACAGUGAACAACCAAGUUUAGCCCAGAUAUUUAAUACUCUAUCAAGAGCCUACAACGCAAAUCAAAAAGUAUUUCAUGGAGAUAGAGUUAAGGGACACAAGCACAUUCAAUUCAGAUAAGUACC